AUGCCAAAAUGUGAUUACUGUGAUGUCUACCUGACUCAUGACUCAAUGAGUGUGCGCAAAGCUCAUAACAGUGGACGUAAUCAUUUGCGCAAUGUCGUCGAUUAUUAUCAACAAAUCGGCCACGAAAAAGCCCAAUCCGUAAUCGAUUCUAUAACAUCCUCCUACGCCGCCGAAGGUCAAUCCUCUUCGAACCCUAUGCUCCACAACCCUGCAGCUGCAACACCCUUCCCACCGUUUCCCCCAGCCAACUUUCCCGGAGGCGUUCCUCCACCUUUUCCUCCAGCUUCCGGUCCAGGUGGUAUGCCAUUCCCUCCACCAGGCGCAAGAGGUUUUCCUAUGCCUCCUCUACCUGGACAACCUGGUGCGCCACCUAUGCCACCCUUCCCGGGUAUGCCUGCUGGAAUGCCAUUUCCUCCUCCUGGCGGCUUACCACCUAAUUUCCAAUUUCCAAUUCCUCCACCAGGAGGUUUUCCAGGAAUGCCGCCUCCCGGACAAGGAUUCCCUGGUAUGCCUCCACCAGGGGGAAAUCAUGAUGAGAGGAGAUAG